AUGAAUCGCUAUGUGGUGCUACAACAACUUGGAGAUGGCACAUAUGGCUCCGUCGCAUUGGCGCAACGAAGAGACACCGGAGAAAAAGUUGCCAUUAAACGCAUGAAAAGAAAAUAUUAUUCUUGGGAUGAGGCUAUGAAUCUCCGGGAAGUGAAAUCUUUGAAAAAACUGAACCAUUCUAACAUCGUGAAGCUUCGUGAGGUCAUUCGUGAAAAUGAUACGCUCUAUUUUGUGUUUGAAUACAUGCGAGGUAAUCUUUAUCAACUAAUUCGAGACGCCGAGCGCCCUUUCCCCGAGACCGUUCUACGGAAUAUAUUAUACCAAGUGCUGCAAGGUCUGGCCCACAUGCAUCGGCACGGAUUUUUCCAUCGCGAUCUUAAACCAGAAAAUCUAUUGUGUGCGGGCCCAGAACUGAUAAAAAUAGCGGAUCUCGGUCUCGCCCGCGAGGUGCGGUCUAGACCGCCUUACACAGACUAUGUCUCGACUCGAUGGUAUCGCGCUCCUGAGGUCCUGCUUCACGACACUCACUACGGAGCUCCCAUCGAUCUUUGGGCCCUCGGUUGUAUCAUGGCCGAACUCUAUACAUGUCGUCCAUUGUUUCCUGGAAAUUCAGAAAUUGAUCAAUUAUACAAAAUAAGUGCAGUUUUGGGAACCCCGAGUCGAGAAGACUGGCCGGAAGGUUUCGUUCUCGCUGAAGCGCUACGAUUCCGCUUCCCGGCGAGUGUAGGCGUGCCUCUGGGACGCGUGGUGCCGACAGCAUCGGCGCCGGCCUUGUCUCUGCUCGCCGCCUGUUUGAGAUAUCCGCCGAGGGAGAGACCUACCGCACCGCAAGCCUUAAGGUUUCCGUAUUUCGCCGUCGGCGCCGGUCUCGUCUUACCACCUGCAACAUCACGCCACAGAAGGAGCGGGACUCGCGUCGAGGUCGAGAACUUUCCUCCCCCCGCCGACAUGACCGAACCCUUGAAGCCGCAGCAGAAGUCGCCUCCUGCGAUGAAGGACCGUUUCGCCGAUAUAUUGGGGGGGGAGGUGGUGCAUUCCGGUGGUAGGAUGCGAGCACGCGGCCGCAGCGUCCUGGCCACGCUGCAGGCGCCCGGCCCGGGCGGUGCGGGAGGCCCCGGUCCGAGGCCCUUGGCUGCCGCCGCCCCCGCGGCGCCCUCGGCGGCAGCCGCAUACCUUGGAGCCUCCCGAUAUGUGGCGGGCGCUCGUCUAGAUACCUCUCUGUUCCGUCCCCUGGCCAUGCAUUCACAUCGAGAGACGACGGUGGGUAGUGGUGUGUCUCGAGUGGACUGGGCUGCUAAAUACCUCCGCUAG